UCUACUCUAUGUCUCUAUCUCAUCUCUCCAGCUUCCUCUUGAAUCUCCACUUCACUUGUAAUCACAGCGAUGUCAGUACUCAAAAUCCCACUCCUUCACUCACACUUUUUCACCACUUUCUAAAUCUCAUCUCAAAUUAAAAAACACAUCACCACUCAAUCCCCCAAUUUCAAACCCUAACUAAUCUCAUUACUCAAACAUUUCUCUCAUAAAAUGUCGAAAGACACAGCUCCUUCUUCAGUUCGGUCCAUUUCUCGCAACUCGAUAAAAUUUACGGAGCCUAAUGAGAAUGAUCUCGAGAGCUUAUCGAGUGAUCGGUUCGCCAAUUUUCCACCUCCGAGAACUCCGCUCAAUUCGAUUCCAGAUCCGUGUCAGUAUUUAGAGCAUAAGGCGAGUCAGGAGAUCGAUUGCGAGGGGUCGAGGCAGGGGAAGUCGUCGGAUGCGAGGCUCGAGGCGUCUGUGGCGAUGAUGAUGAGUAGGAGAGGGGGGAAUGUGGGUAAUUGUGAUGGUUCUAGGGUUUCGAGUAAGUGGAAGGCGAAUUCGGAGCCGAAUUCUGCGAAUAGUACUCCUGCGAGGAGGAUUUCGAGUGUUGGUGUGAGUACGGGGCCUAGAGUGUCGGUGUAUGGGGGAGAGAAGGGAGGGAGUUCUUGUAAGGCUUCGAAGAGGCUUUCGGUUGGGAACUUUGAAGUUCCGGAGGAGAUUAUGAAGUUUGACCUCGUGGAAGAUCCUUUGUUUUGGAAUGAUCACAAUGUGCAGACUUUGAUACGGAUUAGGCCUUUGAAUAAUUCAGAGAAGGUAUCCCAAGGAUAUGGUCGAUGUUUGAAGCAGGAGAGUCCACAAAGCUUGAUGUGGCUUGGACAUCCCGAACUUAGGUUUACAUUUGAUCAUAUUGCUUGUGAAACAAUAUCGCAGGAAAAGCUCUUCAGGGUUGCUGGAUUACCCAUGGUGGAUAAUUGUAUGUCUGGAUAUAACAGCUGCAUGUUUGCUUAUGGCCAGACUGGUAGUGGGAAAACAUAUACCAUGAUUGGUGAUAUUGGUCAGAUGGAUGGAAAGCUCAAUGAAGAUUGUGGGAUCACUCCUCGUAUAUUUGAAUACUUAUUCAAGAGGAUUCACGAGGAAGAAGAGAGCAGAAGAGAUGAAAGACUAGAGUACAGCUGCAAAUGCUCCUUCCUUGAGAUAUAUAAUGAACAGAUAACAGAUCUCUUGGAUCCCUCGUCAACUAAUCUUCAACUCAGAGAAGACUUGAAGAAUGGAGUAUAUGUUGAAAACCUUAAGGAAUAUAAUGUCAGAACUGUUACUGAUGUGCUAAAGCUUUUGUUUCAGGGCGUCGCAAAUAGGAAAAUGGCUGCAACUAACAUGAACAGUGAAAGCAGUCGAUCCCAUAGCGUUUUCACAUGCAUCAUUGAAAGCCACUGGGAGAAGGACUCUGUGACACACCUUAGGUUUGGGAGGUUAAAUUUAGUAGAUCUAGCAGGGUCAGAAAGGCAGAAGAGCUCUGGAGCGGAAGGAGAUCGCCUGAAAGAAGCUGCAAAUAUAAACAAAUCUUUGUCAACUCUAGGUCUGGUGAUAAUGUCUUUAGUUGAUGUGGCACAUGGGAAACAUAGACAUGUACCCUACAGGGACUCUAGGCUUACAUUUCUUCUUCAGGAUUCUCUUGGUGGAAACUCAAAAACAACAAUUAUUGCAAAUGUCAGUCCUUCUGUUUGUUCAGCAAGUGAGACGCUUAGUACAUUGAAGUUUGCUCAGCGUGCGAAACUUAUUCAGAAUAAUGCUAAAGUGAAUGAGGAUGCUUCGGGCGAUGUAACAGCUUUGCAGCGUCAAAUUCAGCAAUUAAAGGGUCAGCUGUCCUUUCUAAUGAAAGCUGGAAGUAAUCCAAGACCUCUUUCACAUUCCGCACCAAGUUCACAAACUUCUAUGAGAGAAGAUUUUCCUGAAACGGAGGACUCUGCAGGGGAAAGUGAUACAUACCAUGACCAAAAUAUGACACAUGACCAAGAUAGGAAGCUUAAACGCUUGGAAGCUACUCUAAAAGGUGCUUUGAGGAGAGAGAAGUUUGCUGAAACUGAAGUUAAGAGAUUAGAGGCAGAAGUUGCACAUAUGAACCGUCUGGCUCAACAAAGAGAAGAAGAUGCUCAGCUUACUAAGAUGAUGCUAAGGGAUUAUGAAAAGAAGUUUAAACGCUUGGAAUUACUUGCUGACGGCUUAGUCUCUGCAGAUAAGUAUCUAGUGGAUGAAAAUCAAAGUUUAAAGGAGGAGAAUGAGCUGCUUCGAGCUAGGAGCAUUAGAAAUCCAGAACUGACCAGAUUUGCGCUAGAGAAUAUGAAACUUCUUGAGCAACUGCAAUUGUUUCAAAACUUUUAUGAGCAAGGCGAGCGUGAAAUACUGUUGUCUGAAGUUUCAGAACUGCGAAACAAGCUUCUGGAAGCACUUGAAGCUCAGGAAAACUAUGACCAGUCCAAAUAUAUUUCAAGAAGAGACGACCAGGGUAACAAUGUUGCAGAGGAGUUAGAAGGAUGUAGAGAUAUGAACACCAAACUUAUAAGAAAAUUUGAGGACUUACAAACUGAAGUCACACAAUACAUGAACCAAGAUCAAGCUACAGUUCACUCGGCUGAAAUCAUACCGAUUAAAAGCAUUUAUGGAGAUAUGGAAGUGUCUUCUAGCCAAGGGGAUGGUAUUCAACAGAAUCAAAGUGAUCAUCACAUGACUGUCCCUUUACCUUUGCAAUCCAGUGACACUCUGAAAGAGCUGGUGGAUGCAAAGGUCUUGAUAGAAGCCUUAGAAAAUGAUCAGAUUUGCCUAAUCAAAGAACUAGAGUUUGCGCAACAGGAAAAUCACAGGUUGAUGGAAAAACUGAGUAAUAAGGACAAUGUAGAAAGGCACGCCACGAUUACAGUUGAUGAUCACUACACAAAUAGAGAUGUUAUGAAUAAGAAUUUGGAUGUUUCCCCAGAAGGCAAUAAACACAUUAUGAAUGAUGGAUUACAACUGAAGUUGGAUGAGAUGACUAAGGACCUUGAGGAUGCCCAACUACUUAGCAGCCAUUAUCUUAAUAAUACUGCAAUCGACUUAUCUCGGAAACAUGAAACUGAUUUAAUCUGUGCAGAGGCGGAGAUGGAAGCAAGUAAGACAAUUCUUCAUUUGCAGGAAGAGGUAGCUACUCUUCAAUCAAAACUUCAGGAUACAGUACAUUGUAUGACUGAAGAGAAUGACAGACUGAGAAUCAAACUUGCAGAGAAAGAGGAUGAGAAACAAGGAAUACAUGCAGAAUGGGAAAAGGCAAGCUUGGAUUUAACAAACAUCCUUUUGGAGGGUUCUAAAUCUCUCAAAGAUGCUUCUUUCCAAAUAGAACAUAUCUCUAGUUCAUUUCCUCAUGUAAAAAAUGAGACGCGUGAGCGUGUUGAAAGGGUUGUUGAGGUUUGUAUGGAGAAGGAAGAAAAAAUUUUGCUAUUAGAAAGGAGCCUUGAAGAUGCACAAAAAGCAGUAUUGCAGAUGGAGCAGAGAUUAAAGUCGUUGAAGGGUGCGGCAAUGGUUUUUACUGAAAUUCAACAUAUAGAAAAUUGCCCAAGCAUUAAAGAAACUACAGUAUUGGAUGAAAAGAUCAGUAUAAUAGAGUUAUUCGAGAGAAAGCUCAAAAGCAAGGAAGAUCAACUCAUUGAAGCAGAUAAAUGUGCUAAUGCUGCACUCUUGGUUGUAAAUAGGCUAGUUGACCACAUGGACUUUGCUCUGACAGAAAAUUCUAAGGAAGAUACGUGUUGGAGUGCUACUUCUCAGACGACAGGAAUGAAAAAGGUUCUACCUCUGGAUGAGAAUCAAAGUGAUUCAGCAAUGCUAGAGAGUGAGACUGUUUCUAAUGCAAAAUCAUAUCUAUCAUCCAUUCAUAGUGAUAUCCACAAAUCAGCUUUUUUAUACAAGGAGGUGAUUCAAGAGUUUGCUAUUGAUGUUCAAAGAAUGAAAAAGUACUGGGUGGAGCUCAAAGAGAAUUGCAAAAGUGUGCGACAUGUCCCUGAAUCAUCGAAGGAUGAUGAUGGGCACAAAAUGCUAAUCCAGAUAACUGAUGAACUUGCUAAUAUAAAUGCUAGACUGGAAACCACAAGGGCCUGCACUAACAAUCUGGUGGAUAUGUGUGCCUUGCAAGCUACCGCUGAAGCUUUACAAGAAGUAGAAAUUAAAUUAGCUAAUUUCUCUCUUGAUUCGACUGUUUCGUCUGAAAGCACUACUUCAGGGUUAGAUGAAUUUUCAAGUAGAUGCAACAGGUUUCCUGUAAUGUCACCUGGGCAAACAUUGAAGCUGGAGUCUGAAGAAGGCCAACUACCAAAGUCAUCACAGCCCAUGAAAUUAUCAAAAGAAAUUCAAGCAACAAUCUUUUGUUUGAGGCAGGAAUUCAGGAUGAUAUAUGAUGCUUUUAUAAGUGUAAAUCUUCGAUUAGCUCAACUUUUUAAAGAAAAAGAUAUGGGCGAUUACAUCACAGGGAAGGAAAACUGUUUGCCACAGUUGCCUAAAUUUAUGAAUGAUGAUGAGCAGAAUAUACUAGAUUAUGAACUUUUUGAAUUCACAGUGCCAGAGACAAGUAACUUUGUUCAACCCACCGAGUUGGUAAUUCAAGCAAAAGCAGGCUGCUCUAAUUUGAAGGAGUUUGUCCCUGAUUGGGAAUUAAGCCAUACCAGUACCUUCUUCAAGAAAUUUGAGGAGGCUCGUGCAACCAUGCAAGAAGCUGAUGUUAUGUUAAAUGCAUUACUGAAAGCAAAUGAGGACUCCAGACAGCUGAGUGGUACAUGGAGGCAAGCUGGUGAAGAUUUGAUGCUAGAGAAAGUCAGCUUGACUGAGGAGAUAGAACAACUUAAAUCGUCACUUCACUUGAAAGACGCUGAGAAUGAAAUACUACAUGAUCAGAUUCAUGGCAGUUUCAUAGAAAUAGCAAAUCUUGUAACUUCUCUUGAAGGGUCGAUCCUGCACACGCAAAGAGAUACAGAGAAAAUGUGCAAGGCAGUCUUUUCUGAUGCCCUAAUGAUGGUAAAGGAAAUCAUGAAACAUAUAUGUAUAUCCAGAGCAUCCUUGGAGGGUAUUUGCACCGAGGCAAUGGAGAGAGAAUUUGCUUAUUUUGUGCUUCAUCAGUGCACUGUUGGAGAAUAUCUUAAAAAGUUUAAAAGUUCAAGUGAAGAAAUUUCUCUUCAUCAAAAUAAACUUCAACAGAACCAUGACUAUUUAUUGACUUGCAAACAUAUGAUAGGUGAAAGUGACAUGUCUACAAAUAUUAUGCAAGGUAAAGCUCAAGGUAUAAGUGCAUCUCUCUCUAGAAUGGAAGACGUUAAGUCUGGGAAAUCCUAUACUGACACCAUCUUUGAAAAUUUGGAGCUAAGAAAAGAAUUGCAAAGAAAAGAUGUAUUGUUGAAAGGCUUACUGUUUGAUAUUAGCUUGUUACAAGAAUCAACCUCCACAAGCAAGGAUCUGAAGGUUGAAACUGAAAAUUUAGUUGCAUCUUUGAGCCAAAAUCAACACAAGCUUCAAAUUAAAAUAAGUGAGGUUGAGGAUCUGCUGGUUCAAAAUACAAAUCUCGAGCAACGCCUGGCCAAUACUGAAUCUGCUCUGUUUGUGGCAAAUUCUGAUUUAGAACAGAUGAAAGAAACCAUUGAUGAUUUGUCAAGCCAAAAUGACGAAUUCAAAGUUCUUUUGAGGGAUCUUUAUCUCAGAAAGUCUGAGGCUGAAGAGCAAUUAGCAGAACAAAGAGAUGUUGUGAAGGCUUUGGAGAAAGAAAUUCUUUUAAAAACUAAUUCUGCAGAAAAGCAAUUAUACUCUUCAUUCGAAGACCUUGAGAACUACUCAAGGAUGGUCAGCGGCGAGAGGGACCAACUUUGUGAGCAAAUUGUUGUUUUGCAAGAUAAACUUGACAUGGCCUAUUCGCUAGCAGAUGAAAAUGAAGCUAUUGCUGUUGAGGCUCGCCAGGAGUCAGAAGCAAGCAAAAUGUAUGCAGAGCAAAAAGAAGAGGAGGUCAAGAUAUUGGAACAUUCUGUUGAGGAGCUGGAGUGUACCAUAAAUGUUUUAGAGAAAAAGGUGAAUGAAAUGGAUGAGGAGGUAGAAAGGCAUCGGAUAAUGAGAGAUUCGUUAGAAGUGGAAACCCAGGCCUUGAGAGAACGCCUAUUAACAGUUGAAAACUAUGCUGAAAACAUGGAGUCAGAACACUCGACAGGAAGACCAGCAGAAGAUCAACUUUCAAGGUCUUUGGAACUUCAUGAUGCACAUAAGCGAAUAUUAGCUCUUGAAAAGGAACUAGCUGAACAGACAAAAGAGAUCAGACAGUCCAAAGAGUACAUAUCUGAACUACUAUUGCAUGCUGAAGCACAGGCAUCACAGUACCAACAAAAGUACAAAACCUUGGAGGCAAUGGUUCAAGAAGUCAAAACAGAUUCAUCAAAUGCAAUAUCUGUUUCCUCGAUGUUGGAUAAAACAGAAAAAGGAUUGUCGAAACCACGGGGUUCUAGCUCACCAUUUAGAUGUAUUGGAGGUCUGGUGCAACAGAUGAAUGUGGAAAAGGAAAAAGAAUUGUCAGCUGCCAAGAUUCGGAUAGAAGAGCUCAUAGUACUGAAUGCCAGUCGACAAAAGGAGGUGUGUAUGCUGAAUACCAGACUGGCUGCAGCAGAAAGCAUGACACACGACGUCAUUCGGGAUUUACUUGGUGUCAAAUUAGACAUGACUAAUUAUGCAAAUAUGAUGGACCAGUUUCAAGUUCAGAAGUUAGUUGAGGAAGCUCAGCAACAAGCGGAAAAAUUUAUAACCAUGGAUAAAGAGAAUCUAAAUCUGAGAAGCAAAAUUGAAGAGUUGAUUGAGGAAAGGGAGAGAUACAUUUUAGAAGUGAAUAGAAGAGAAGCGGAUAUAUUUGCCAUCCAGAUGACUGUAGAACAAAUACAAGAACGGGAUCAGUUGCUGAAAGCACAAAAUGACAUGUUAAAGGCUGACAAGACCAAUUUACAAAAGAAGGUUGCUGAACUGGAUGACUUGGUGAAAAAAAUAUGUGGAACCCAAACUACCCAACCCAGACAUGGAUUGAUGAGGUCAAGCACUGAAUAUAACAAAUUGCCUACUGAUUCUGGAAGACAGCUUGAUAGACGUUCUCAACACUACAAAUCUGAGAAUAGUCGGGCACAUGGCAAACUGGACGGGCAUGGCACUGACUUGAAGUUCAGGAAGCCUAAAGUUUAGUUUGUCAUCGAAUUUAGCUUCCCAUUGAAGCUUUUUCAAGGAAGAAGUUUAAAAAUUGCUCAGAAGGUAGCGGAAAUGCAACAAGCAUCAAAACCUUCAAGCAAUAUUGGCCCACUUCAUACUUCAUGAGGUCUUCGUCUCACGUUUUCACUAGGUAUAUAGAUGUCUAUAAAUUUAUUUUUUCACAAGCCAACUGACAUGCGUUUUUAUAUUGGCAUGCUUGUAGAUGCAACUCUACUCCAUUACCUGUAAUUAUUUUUUCAUUGUAAAUGUUUCCCCAAGCCGGUGAUGUAUUCAAUUGUUUCAAAACACUAUGCAGUUCAAAGUUUAAAUAUAUUUGUAUAGUUCUCUUGGUGGUACA